AUGGUUUUACAGGAUAAUGAAACUGCAUUACAUUGUGCUUCGUUUCGUGGACAUAUUGAAUGUGUUCAAUCGUUAUUAGAAAUCGAAACAAUUAAUAUCAAUGCUACGGAUCAGAAUGGGCAAACAGCGUUACAUCUUGCUUUACAACGAUCUCAUAUCGAUAUUGCAUUAUUAUUGAUCACGAAAGGUUGUGAAUUAAAUGUGCAAGAUAAGAAUGGUGAAACAGCGUUGCAUAUAGCAGCACGGUUUGGUCUUCUAUCAGUUGUUCAAACAUUGUGUCACCUCGGUGCUUCACUUGAUAUUAUUUCUUCUAAUUCAUUAACAGCGUUGCAUAUUGCUGCAAAAGAAGGACAUAUUGAAAUUGUUCGUUGUUUAUGUUUCUUUGGCGCUGAUAUUAAGAAAAAAAAUAAGGAAAGUUUAACGGCUGAAAUAAUUGCAUUAGCCCAAGAGCACUCGGAUAUUGGAUUACUUUUAGCGAAAAUGAAAUCGGAUCAAGUUCGAGAAUUAUAUAUCGAACAUUUAUGUCCACUUGAAACACCAUUAAAGCGAAUAAAAUUGAAAUUAUUCGGACAUAGUGGUGUUGGUAAGACACGUCUUAUGUGCUCAUUACAAACUGGUAGUGUUAUCGGUUCGAUUAUAAAUGUUGUAUCGAGACGCUUCUCUGAUAAUUUAUCAAGUCCAUCUUCUUCGAUUACGUCAAGUCCUUCGAAAGAUGAAGGAUUAAGUAAUGCUGAAGAUUUGUUCGAGCCAAGUAACACUCUGAAAAUUAAUCAGCGAUAUGUAACUCCUCAUCAGCAAUAUACUCGUGGCAUCGAUGUUCAAAAUCUCACUUUUCAAGGUUGUGGUGAAUUUUCGGUUUGGGAAUUCGGUGGUUAUGAACCAUAUCAUAUGGCUUAUGAUCAUUUUGUUGGUAAUACAGAUUGCGUGCAUGUUAUUAUUUAUCGAUGUAUUGAUCCUACUGAAGUGCAAUAUAAACAAGUAUUGUACUGGAUGAAUUUUUUAAAAGGAAGAGUUGCACCAAGUGAACCUAUUGGGCAUUGCGGUAUAAUUUCCCGUCGUAGUAAAGUUGUCAUAGUCGGAAGUCAUGCAAAUCCGUCGUUAUUUCCUCAGCGAAAUAGCGAUGGUGAAUAUAUAUCGUCAGAUAGCGAUGCCAUGUUAAAGACUAUACGACUUCGUUUUGAAACUCAUUUCGAUAUUUAUGAUAAGCUUAUUCUACUCGAUUCCACGCAUUCAAAUUGUCCUGGUAUGAAAAUACUAAAAGGAUAUUUAUGCAAAUCUCGUGAUACAAUUUUGUCGCGUUUACCAAAAUCGAUGGGAUUGCUUGAGAGUUGUGUUCAAUAUUUAGUUGGUUUACGUAAACAAGUGGCGCAUUUUCCCGUAAUAACAUGGCCUCAUUUUACAACAUUAGUGAGGAACGAUGUCAAUCCAUUAGCUGGCGAUAGUCACUGUCGUCAGUUAAUUCAACAGCUGCAGUUAAUUGGCGAGGUAGUAUACUUGCGUGACGAAAUUUCGGAGACUGAUUAUGUUGUGUUGUCACCAGAGUGGUUAGGAACUCACAUCAUUGGUAAUUUAUUGUCGGCAGAAUUUUUAUCUCGUUGUCGAAUCAAUGGAUGUUAUUCAGUUGAUGAGUUUGCAUCGAUCUAUCCUGAAAUUACUGAGCCAGUAGAUUUGUUACGCAUUCUUGAUACACUUCAACUUUGUGCACCGAUUGAUAUUGAUGGUGAAACAGAAUUUGAAUUUCCUGCAUUUAAUAUACAAAUGGUUCCUAGGGAUGUAUGGCUUAAUGAUAGGCCAUCGUUUGUUUAUGGUGGUGUGCGAGUGUUACCUAUGCGUGGCAUGGAAAGAUCUUUACAAAGUACUUUCCCUCGCAUACAAAUUGCGCUCCGAAGAUCGAUGAAUGAUUUUCAGGAUCCAAUGGACGCAGAUUUAACACAAUGGGCCGGUUGUAGUAAAAUGAGCUCUGGUCAGAUGGAAGCUCUAAUACGUUUACAUGGUGAUGCGGUAGAAAUACAGGUUCGAGGUCCUUGUGAGAUAUCAACAUCAUGCUUCUAUUUUUUGGAGGAUAUAACGAAUUUAGUGGAACAAACAGCGCAAGAUGUUGCACCUGGUAUUUCAUUGGAACGCCACUUCCUUUCUCCAAAGCAUCUUCGGGAGCACAAUAGUAAUCCUGCGGUUUAUGCACCCGAAACUAUAAUGGCAAUGCAGCAAGCUGAAUCACUGAUAAUACGCAAUAAUCAAGAAGGUGAAGAACUGUUUAUUGAUGUUGUUUGCUUUGGUUCUCGUGAUGUUGCUGCUGUUUUAACGUUAGGUAUUGACAUUGGAAUUGCUCAAUUACAACUUGCAUCAAGGUGUGAAUUAGCUGCGCUACUGGAUCCGGCCGAUGCCAUGGGUAGAGAUUGGUCAAUUUUGGCUGUAAAACUCAAUUUGACCGACCAGUUACCUGAAGUUGAUUCCACUGGUCAAAGUUUAUCACGAACAGAUCAAUUACUGGCCGAAUGGGCAUUGCAAUCUCCUGAAACAGCAACUGUCGGACGAUUGUGUAUUAUUUUAGAUGAAUUAGGUCGGCAAGAUGCUAAGGAUGCGCUCUACAGAACUGUUCCUUUGUAUUUAUUUGCACCAUUAAUUGAUCAGCCAACUACUCAGCUGGUUGAAUAUCGGGAUUCGGGCGUUGUAUCAUCGACACAUUCAACAGUUGACCCGUGUUCAGCAUCAACAUUUUCACGAUAA